AUGCCAGAAGUCAAGCAGUACAAGAUUACAGAGCCUUAUCUUGACACGAAAUGCGGUCUAGGUGAAGCUCCCUUCUGGGAGGAGGAACGAAAUAGCCUUCGCUUCUCAGAUAUCGUAAACAAGAAACUGCACUUUAUAGACUUAGAGAAGGGUCCAUCUUCGCACAAGCGGUUUGAUCUCGACUUCAGUGUCGGGACGACUGCAGACAUUGAAGGCAAUGACAAGGAGUUCAUAUUUGGUGGCAAAUAUGGCUACGGUGUUAUGAAUCGUGAAACCGGCGAAAGCCGGUGGGUGCAAAAGAUGUGGACGGAUGAAGAGAGGAAGGAAGAUGGUGGUGGGAAGCCCGGUGUUGGGAAGACCAGGGAGGAGCGGAUGAGGAGUAAUGAUGGUGCCGUCGACAUCAAUGGAAGGUAUUGGGUGGGUGCUAUGAACGACCCUCUUGUCGUUGAAGGCAACAUUACCGACGAAGGCGUGCUCUUCUGUCUCGAGCCUGACCUCUCGAUUAAAAGAAAGAAGGAAUCGGUUUCAAUCCCAAAUGGCAUGUCCUGGACGCUCGACAACAAGUACAUGUACUUCACUGACUCCCCGUCCGGCAAGAUCAUCAAAUAUCCAUUCGACGCCACUACUGGUGCCGUCUCGUGGGACAAAGGUGUGGAUUUCUUCACUUGUCCCAUCGAGGGUGGUGUACCGGACGGUCACGCCCAGGACGAAGAAGGUUGCUUCUGGAUCGCUUGUUUCGGUACCGGCAAGGUCUUGCGAGUCAAUACUCAGGGCGAGGUGAUUGCCGAAAUUGAGUGCCCAACCCGGUGCGUCACUUGCCCGGGCUUUUGCGGCACCAAGCUGUUCAUCACCAGUGCGGAGGAAGAGGCUCCCAAGGAGUACCCGUGGUCUACGAAAUACCAAGGGGCGCUGUUUAUGGUCGACGUUGGCGUACGAGGCUGUCCGCUGAACAAGUUCAAAAUGGCGACGAAGGCUUGA